UAUUUCAAAGCACAUAAACAAUGCUAUUGAUGGAUUAAAUAUCUUACAUCAACAUAAUAUAUAUGAUUAAUGUUGGAAUUGUUGACGUUACACAGAAGUAUAGGAAACACAUGAGAAAGGUUAAAGAAAGAGCCAGAGAAAUCAACAUGGCAAAAAAAGCUAUGAAGUCCAACGUUGCAUCAUCUAGCAACAUCAACCCACAACCUUCGUAUAAGUACUUCAGAGGUCUAAGCAAGGAAAAUUUGUUUAAGGCUCAACUUGGUGAUCGUUUUGGUCAACCUAGCAUCCUUUUGAACAACAAUGACUCUAUCUACUCCAUGCACGAUGGACUCACCUAUGAUCUGAGCCAAAACGGAUCUAACUUGUUGCCUAUGGGAGAAAGCCACAGAUUUUCGAGGGGCAUGUGGCCUUUAAAUGAGGAAAGCGGAAGCGUGUUGCCUUUAAAUGAGGAAAGGAGAAGCGUUUUUGGAACAUCUCAAAUGUCUCAAGUUCCUAGGCCUGGACAAUAUGGUACACCAAGCGAUAUUUCGGGUAUGAACUCUAAUCUUGAUACUGGUUAUAUGCGUAAUAGUUACGCUGGGAUAAGUACUAUAGAUAAAAAUGGUUAUCUGUCUGGACUUGGUGGAGAAAGAGUUAGUGGUAAUGACAAUGGAUAUCUUGGUGAAAGUCUGGACGCCAUGAACUGGACUCUCAAUAACAAUGGGAGUUCAACUUCGAGGUUUUCCGCUCCAUUUUCAUCGUUAUUACACAACAAGGUUCAACCACAUCACAAUUUCACUACACCAACGGAUGAUCUGCUACCUAGAAGCAUCUUUGAUAUAUCUCAAGCGCCUCAAGUUCCUUCAUUUGGACAGUAUGGUAUAACAAAUGAUGUUAUCGGUAUGAAACCUGAUUUUGGUACUGGUUAUAUGCAUAAUAACUACACUGGUAUCAAUACUGAUCAAAUUGGAAAUCUCGCUGGACUUGGUGGAGCAAGAGUUAAUGGUAAUGGUAAUGUCUCUCCUGGUCAAAAUUUGGGUACCAUGAACUGGAAUUUCGAUGAAAACAACAUGAGUAGUUAUGGAAGUUCAUCAAAUUCGAGGUUUUCUUCUCCAUUUUCAUUGUUCAAUGAAGAUCAGUCACUGAGUCAUUUAAAUGCGCAAACGGAUGAGUUGGUUCCUGUACUAGAGAAUCUAAGCUUGUACAAUGAUCAUCAGAGCAUCAACCCAUUUUCUGGCAAUUCCUAUCAGCAUCAAGGUCAAGUGAGUGAUACAAAUUUUCAAUUUGCCAAUGGUGAUCAACUGGAAAUAAAUGCAAUGCUUGCUGCUUGUUCUAUUGAGGACAUUAAUAAUUUGAGCAUUAAUAACGUGAAAGAAAGCUCUAAUGAGGAAACAUUGAAUUCUAUUGCUGCUAAUUUGGAAAUGCUUUUUCCUACUCAUGACAUGAACAUUAUAAAUCAGCAUCAAGGUCAACUGUUGAGUGGCGAAAAUCAUGAAUAUGCCAAUGAUAAUCAACUUAAUAGGAAUUCAAUUCUCGCUACUCAUUCUCUUGAGGAUAUUAAUUAUUUGAGCAUUAAUAACGUGAACAACUCUUCGGAAAAAACAUUGAACUCCUUUGCUGCUAAUUCAGAAAUGAAUUUUCCUGCUCCCGACGUGAACACUAUGAAUCAGGAAGAACAAGGUGAUGCAGAUUUGACAGAUGUUUUAUUUACAUUUGAUGAGGAGGAACAAGGUCUUGCAGCUUUGAUUGAUGUUCCAUUGCCAUUUGAUCAGAAGGAACAAGGUGUUGCGGAUUUGACGGAUGUUCCAUUGGCAUUUGAUCAGGUAAAAUGCUUUUAAAUCUGAGCAAUCCUAUUUUAAUAAUAAUUUUGGUUAUAG